UUACAUUCAAGUUUGGUUCCCGCGUUAAGCAAGGCCAAUGGCGGUGACCGAGGAGUCCAUGCAGCGUAAAUACGACCUUUAAAUCGCCAAUACUGGCUAAAUUAUCACCCUGACGCACGAUCCAAGCCCUGGGGAGGAGGAUCUACGGUGGAGGGUGUGCUGGUGGCAGCAUAAUGCACCUGCCGAACCUGUCCCCCACAGCACUAGCAGGCAAGACUUCCUCAGGGGACUCAAUGGAUGAUGAUUCCUCAAACUCAGUCAUGGGGUACGGCAACCCAUACCUGGCGUCUGGCAUGUCCAGGGAGAUCGGGAACAACUUGACACAGGAUCCUGAUGCGGCGUAUCGGUACGUGGGCAAGCUGAAUGCCCAACGGCAGGACAGCAAUGGCUGGAAGAUGGACAAGCUGUGCGACAGCAGGAGCAACGACAGCCCGGGCCUCGGUGACUGGCUGGCCGAGGAAGAAGGGGAGAGGGAGCCAGAGGUGGAGAGGAACGUGGAGUAUUUCAGUGCAGAAGAAAAUGCUGAUGAAGUGGAGGAGGAAAAGUUGAACACAGAAGAUAAGCUCAACACAGACGAUGAAGACAAGUUCAGCACGGAGGAGGAUGCCAAGUACAGUGAGGAGUUCGACUCCAGCACAGAAGGUACAGGCAGGGAGAGUGCAGAUGAAGAAGGGGCCGGGGGAGGGCAGGAUGCCUACCUUCCUGAAGCAGACUUCCUUUCCCCGGCCUGGCUUGACCCUAAGAUUCCAAGCAAGAAGGAACUACAGCCUAGAAGGAAGCUGCUGUGGGACAGUGGGGAGGAAGGCAGUCUGGGUCAAGAGGAGCACUGGUCAGGCACCAGCAAUGGGGAGGCAGAGCCCAGCCACACAGAAAGUGAGGAGGAUUGUGGGACCAAGCCAGAGGGAGCAGCAGCAGACGCCUCCUCAGGAUCACCCCGUGCCUGUCCCGUCCUCUGUUUUGAUGAGUACGGCAACCUCACUACCUCCUAUCAGGACCCAGGCCAGCCUCCAGUGCCUGAGCUGGCCCCCAACCUCAUUCCACUGCGUGCCACCGGUGAGGACAAGUGUUCCUCCCCACCUGUGGACUCCUCACCCAGCACACCACCGGUACAGGAACCCAAGGUGCUGCGUCCCAGGACCAGAAUAUCACAGGAGAACUCUGAGAGUGCAGCACCACCACCACCAACACCAACAUCCACAGUAGUGUCAGAGCAGGAGCUGCAGCAGGCCUUCAAGGAGGAGUUCAAUACAGCCGCCACCAGCCGUUAUGGCCGAGCCCGCAAGCGCAAGACAGUUGACGGUUUCUUCUUUGGCACCAUCAACUUCAACGAGCUGCGGAAGAUCACUUCUGGGAGUCCCAAGAAGGCUAGCAAGGGCACUGCCUCCAAGAACACCAGCCCCGACCAGAAGUACAAGACCAGGGAGGAAACGCGGCCAAGUCCCACGGCAGCUGUGGAGGCCAAAGAUCUCAAGGACCUCAAUGAGAACGGGAUAAGAAAUCUUGAUGUGCACCCAAUCAAUGGAGAGGCAGAGAUGAUAGUCCCUCCCCUGGAAACAGUACAAAUGGACCAAGCCAAAGAUUCCACCUUCAUAGUACAAAAUAGGGACCUACACACCAGGGAGGAGAGGACAUCAAGGCGCCGCUGCCGCAGUCUGGAGACAGUGCCAACCACCACCAGUGUGGCAGGGACAGAGGGAGCCAACCCAGACCUUGCCCAAGAGAUGGCUGCUACUCUAGAGGCCACUACUGCCAAGGGUACUGAUGGCAGGGCAAGCAGUGCCUCAGUCCAGCAGACAACAACACUAUCCAGGAGAAAGUGGCAGGGAAGCAGGCCAGGGCGCCGGCAAGUCAGGACAGGGUAUUUGCAGGGAAGGUUAAGUGCAAGGGCGGCACUGAAGGACAGUCAGGUAGUGCCUCGGCCCCGGUCACACCGCUCCUCUCGCUCUGCCACGGCGCUGGCCCUGGCCAGCCAAGUGGCCCCUCCUGCUGCCUUGCAAGAUUCCAGUCAGGAACCCAUAAGUGAGGAAGUGCACAUCAAAGAGGAAGUGGGCAUCAGAGAGGAAGUGUACAUCAAAGAGGAAAUGGACAUCAAAGAGGAGCCCCUGACAGAAGAUAUGAUCAAGAAGGAGCCAACAGAGGAAAGUCAGCAGGACAUGUUUUUAGCUCCAUACCAGUCCCUCACAGAUGGACAGGAAGGCCCUGCCACCCUCACCAGGAGUCGCAGGACCUCAUAUGCCAAGGCUGCAGAGGAAAAGGCGUCAUCCAUCACCAAGUCUGGCAGAGUCAUCAAGAAGCCACAGCUCAUUGACAUAUCAGUGGAGGACAAGCGGCAAAGACAGACUCGAGAGCAGCAGAGGCAGAAUGAGGCCCUGAUUAACUCCAGCUUAGAGGAGGAGCUUACCAUGUCCUCAGUCAACAUGCAGGUACUGGAGAAGGAGCACCCCUGUGAGUACAUGGUGGGGGACCUGGUAUGGGUGCAUAUCCGAGGCAGUCCUCUCUGGCCCUCCAUGAUCUCUUAUGACCCAGUUCUCGGCCAGUACAGCAGAGUGGCAACUAAGUCCUCUCCUCUCCUGACAGUGAACCACGUGCUAAACCGGUACCGAGGCAUCAGGAUGUAUCAUGUACAGUUCUUUAGUGACAACUCCCUCACACACUGGAUGGCGCCCAACAGCGUAAUCCCUUAUGAGGGUUACGACAAGCUAAAGGAAUAUCUUCAGGACCUCAAGGCUAAGAUGAAGGAAACGACAAAGUACAAGAGGGUACAGUAUGAGGGUUUCCUGAGGACUCUCUUGCACAUGAAUAAGGUGCCUGGACAGAAAAAACGUGAGCGAUGGAUGAAGGCCAUUGAUGAGGCCAAUGUUGCCAUGGAAAUGGACAGGUAUGAGCGCAUCCAGAAGUACACCUUUAAGGCAGAGGAUGUGGCUGCUGAUGAGGCAGAUACAAACCGAGGAGCCAGACUGUCUUCCAGGUACCACCGAGGAGGGCCAGGCCAGACCACCAAUGGCCAGCCAGAGAAGAAGAGGCGCGGCCGACCCAAAAAGUCUUCCCUACCCGAGACAGCAAAUCGUGUCAGCAAAACUGGUGGAGAUUCAACAGAUGGGGAGUUCUCAGGGUUUGAUGACCUGACCGCUGAAGCAAUCAAGCAGAACAGAAUAGCACUGGCCUCUAGGCUGCACCGCCCCAAGGAGGAUUUCAUGACCUAUGCCCGCCAGCACCUGGAUGCCUUCAUGCAAGACAACCCUGGCAUCUCGGAGGAGGCAGCUCUAACUAAACUUCGCUGGCGUUGGAGGAAGCUGACCAGCGGCCAAGGUGGCCGCUACAAGGGUGCCGGGGGAAAGCGGAAACACCAUCGGGGAGGGGAGCUGUCCAACGGGUGGGAUGACGAGGAAGGCAGCAGUGGCAGCAACAGUGGAGGCGGGUCGGCCAAGCGGCAGAGGCUGGAGGAGGAUGGUGGGCGAGGGGUGUACAAGGUGGUGCGGAAUGAGAAGGUUUGCUGCCGCUGCGAGGGGGUGAGCUCACGUGCCGGGGCUGACAUGGUGCGCUGCAAGGGCCUCUGCUGUGGUGUCUUUCACCUGGGUUGCCUGGGCCUCACCUCCAUGCCACGCCGGGACUUCAAAUGUGAGGAGUGCCUUACAGAGCGGCACCCGUGCUUCAUCUGCAAGUCUUCAGUGGGCCCAGUCCAGCGCUGCACUGUGCCCUUUUGUGGAAAGUUCUACCACGACACCUGCAUCCACCGGUGGCCGCAAGUCUCCAGGCAACGGCAGCAGGAGAAAUUUGUUUGUCCACGUCACAUCUGUCACAUGUGUGCUGCCAAUGCAGAUGAUAUAGGAGACUCACUGGCCCGCACACCGCCCUUCACCCGCUGCCUGCGCUGCCCCACCACCUACCACACAGGUGAGGGUUGUCUGGCUGCAGGGACGGAGGAGGUCUCCCAAACUAGCCACAUCUGCACCAAACACCUCCAGCUACCAAAGAAUAUAUCUCAUCAUGUCAAUGUUAAUUGGUGUUUCUGUUGCUCAAAGGGAGGGUCUCUUCUCCUGUGUGAUCAAUGUCCUGCUGCCUUCCAUGCUGAGUGCAUGAAGAUCACCACCCCGGAGGGCGGCUACGUGUGCGAGGACUGUGAGAACGGCAAAUUCCCAGUGUAUGGUGAUGUGGUGUGGGUCAAGCUUGGCCUGUACAGGUGGUGGCCAGGCCAGGUGCUGCAUCCACGGUUCAUUCCAGACAACAUUGAAAACCUUCCACACCAGCAGGGCAUGUUCUGUGUCCACUUCUUUGGCUCCAAUGACUACUAUUGGGUCACCAGGGGCAGGGCCUUCCUCUACCAAGAAGGGGACAAGGGAUCAAGAGCACAGUCAAGCAGGACCCUGGAGAUACAGUUCCGACGUGCUGUUGAUGAGGCGCUGGAGGCCUACAAGGAGCAGAAAGCCAAGAGAAAUUUGCAGGAACUGAGGUGGUCUGAGAAAGGAAACCUGAAACCACCUCCCUAUGUACGGCUUGAUGCCAACCGGCCAGUAGGUAACGUGCGGCUCAGCAAAGUGGACCUGGCGGCUGUCAACAGGUGUGACUGUGAACCCAACUCUGAAAACCCUUGUGGCUCCGACGAGAAGUGUCUGAACAGGAUGCUGAUGUUUGAGUGCAUGCGGGAGGUGUGUGGGGCCGGGGACCGCUGUGGUAACCAGAGAUUCCAAAAGAAGAAAUAUCCCAAUGUUUGCUGCUUCAAGACUGAGGAUAGGGGUUGGGGCCUCAAGACACUGGAUGACAUCAAGAAAGGAGAGUUUGUUAUUGAGUACGUCGGUGAACUGAUUGAUGAUGAGGAGUUCCGGCGUCGCAUUGAAGAGAUGCAUGACAUAAAGGAAGAGAAUUAUUACUUCCUCACCAUAGACAAAGACAUAAUGAUUGAUGCAGGACCAAAGGGAAACCUUGCUAGGUUCAUGAAUCAUUCUUGUCAACCAAACUGUGAGACCCAGAAGUGGACGGUGGGUGGGGACACACGCGUUGGACUCUUUGCCAUUGAGGACAUCACAGCAGGUUCCGAGUUAACCUUCAAUUAUAACCUACAGUGUGUGGGGACAGAGAAGAAGCGCUGCUGCUGUGGUGCUCCAAACUGCAGUGGCUUCAUUGGUGUCAAAGUACAAAAGGCAGAGAUGGCGGGCCCAAAGAGGGAGAAAAAUGGGAAGCAGCGAAGGAAACGUCGCCGGCGAGAGACUAAAGUGUCAGAGGAUGAGUGUUUCCGGUGUGGGGGACCAGGUGACCUCAUUCUGUGUGAUGGUGCCAACUGCCCCAAGGGAUACCACCUUGAGUGUUUAGGUCUCGACAAGCUGCCCAGAGGGAAGUGGAUCUGUCCAUGGCACCACUGUGACGAGUGUGGCCAGUUGAGCACACGUCUGAACCGCUGCCAAUUCUGCCCAAACUCGUUCUGCCGGCAGCACAUCACGAGCAACCUACAACUCAUUCCAGGAUUUGGCAAUGUGUGUCAGGACCAUGACACCGAGGAACUAGAAACGCUCAGAGGUCAGAUGGAAACAACAGCAUUGACUGAGAACAUGGAGGGACAGGAUCAACAGAAAUCUGAUGUGGACUCUGACUGUAGACAAGACAGUAUGCUGCCCCACCCUUCUUGCCCUGAGGCAAGGGCUGAGGACCAAGGGACCAGUGGUGUAGUGGAGAAAGGACAAGAAGGUUCAGAAGACCAUCUCACGGGUAGCAGAGAGGGACCACACAAGCCAAAGCGAAAAGCAUCUCGAUCUAGAUGGUUCCGUGUGAAGAGGAGGAGUGUGAACAGGAGCCAGCUGCCAAAUCUGUCCCGGAGGAACAGGGUAAACGGGGCACUAGUUCAGGGCAAAGAAAGAGGUGCGAAGGAAGGGGAGGAGAAGGCUCGACACAUCAAUGAAGCCUGAGGAACGACUGCCAUUAGAUUACCUAUAUUUUUACUUUAAUAACCAAUUCCUUUGACUCAAUAUAGUAUAAUAUACAGAAUGAUAGUUUUAUUUUAUAUCUUUAACUUAUUGAUCCAGGUGUGUAUACAGUGCUGGUUUUUUUUUUUUUUUUUUUUUUUUUUUUUUUUUUCCAGAGGAUUUGAAGCACAAGUGUGGGAGUGCCCAGAUGUUUACAAAGUGCAAGCUAGUCGAGCUUCUGUUACCCAAAGUUGGACACAAAAUUUUAUAUAUUGUUAUAAAACAGUGCAUUGACCACAAUGGACUUGUAAUAUUAAGGUUAUUAUUUUUCCCAAUACUUAAUGAUAGUAAUUGUUAUUGACAAAUUUAAUUUAAUUGUUUUUUUUUUUUUUUUUUUUUUUUUUUUUUUUUUUUUUAGAUUCAUCCUCAUAGAAGCAUAACUCAUUGUUUCCUAGCUCUCAUGAUUGGUAGGUUCAGUUUUAUUUUAUUAAUUUAUUUUUUCUGUCUAUUGAGAUGACCUGGUCAGAACACUUUCCAUGUGAUGUAUUGUACAAGGUUGCCCUGUAAUCUACCACAAUUUUGAGGAAUUUUAUCACAUGUAGCUGGUGGAUUUUGGAAAUUAGAGACUAUGAUUUUAAUUGUAUCUUUAACAGUUUGCUGGGUGAAUUUUAUCUCAGUGAAACUUGGAGAUUGUAGACCAUGUUUUUAAUUAUAUAUGAAAAGUUUAUUUUCUUCAUUGUCAACAUUGUUCAUGUCAUUAUUACAUUAUUAUUAUUUAUUCACUAUGCAAUUUUUCUGGAAUUCUUGAUUAUGGGAUGUCUAUGGUAGACAAUAAAGUCUUUAAUAGAA